GCGGUGGUCCAACAGUGUACACCCGGCGUCGAACCCGCGACCCGGAGCCGCGGGACAGCCACGCGGGGCUCGUGCAGCUGCUGCCGGUCCUCGUGCUGGUCCUGCUCUCCAUGAUGUCGGGCUUCUUCAUCAGCGAGCCCAUAUACAGUCUAAGCCCCACACCCAAGUAUCCCGUUCCAAGGGAGACGGUGAAUCUGAAGGUACCAUAUUAUGUGAAGGAAAAUUUCCACACAGACUAUCAAGGCUCUUUGCGAAGACUUGAAAUGGCCAUCGAAGAAGAAUUUAUAGUGGGCCUCCGACACGCGUGUCAAAGGGAACGCAACUACAGGGACAGUGUUGCGUGGAAAGCCCGCAAUUUCGGGGAAUCCCGCCAUCACGCAGACGCCCAGCGCCUGCGCAUGCCUUCCUGUGAAAAACUGCAACAAUUCCAACGA